GUCAGUCAGCCAAAGCAGGCCCCAAGUGCUGGUGCCGCUUCUCGUCAAGCUUACUCCACUACUGGCUUCGAUAUGCUCGGUGCUCUGGCACGAGUCGUGCUGCGGCCUAACCCUCGCAUCUUGCUCGGCCCCGUCGAUCUGUCGGCUUCGUUCACCAUCUGCGACGCUCGACACCCAGAGCAGCCCAUUGUGUACUGCAGUGACACCUUUUGCGAGCUGACUGGCUACUCUAGAGACGAGAUCCUUGGUCGCAAUUGUCGCUUCUUGCAGUCGCCGACGGGUCGCGUUCGCUCCGGCUCGGAGCGCUACCACACCGACAAUGCCGCCGUCCUGCAUCUGAAGCAGCACUCUCGUGCUAUGCAAGAGUGCCAAGCCAGCUUGAUCAACUACCGCAAGGACGGAACACCUUUCAUCAAUCUCGUCACGGUUGUGCCUAUUCCGUGGGGCAACAGCACCGAGCCCGUGUACCUGGUCGGCUUCCAGGUCGACCUCGUCGAGCAACCGAGUGCUGUCCUUCAACGAGCUGCCAACGGCACAUACGUCGUCAACUAUAGCACCGGCAGCGGUGCACCGACCAUGCCGAACAGGACCAUGGACAGUGUCACGCCUGCACCAACCCGCGACUACGAGCAAGAGGCAGCUGCACGGGAGAUCUCGGUCGGCAAGGAGUUGGCUGAGAUCAUCGGUGGCAACGGAGGGGGCAAGGAGGAUCCGACUCAGUGGGCACGCAUCCUGCUGCAGCACUCUCAAGAUCUCAUUCACGUACUGAGUCUAAAGGGCACCUUCCUCUACGUCUCUCCAUCGGUAGAGCGUCUGCUCGGCUGGAAGCCAGAAGAGCUCAUGGGCAAGUCUAUCAGCGAUUUCUGCCAUCCAUCGGACGUUGUGCCGGUGUUCCGUGAACUCAAGGAUUCGACCAGCAAUGCAAGCAUUAAUGCAGCUGCCAAGCGAUCCUUCCGGCCCGAGGUCAAUCUGCUCAUGAGGAUGAGGCACAAGAACGACAACUUUGUCUGGAUCGAAUCGAAGGGCAAGCUGCACCUCGAGCAAGGCAAGGGUCGAAAGGUCGUCAUUUCAUCUGCACGAUCGCGACCCGUCUACAACUUGCCUUGGGAGCCGGUCAAGGCUACCGUCAACUCCGAUGAGCCCGCCUUCUGGGCCAAGGUAUCCAACGAUGGUCUGGUACUAUCUGCUACCGAAGGUGUUGAGGCUGUUGUCGAUGGCACGGACUCGUCUCGCUUGUACGGCAAACAUCUGCACCAGAUGGUCAACAAAGAGGCGAUGCCUGCUCUUCUCGAGGCCCUUCGAGGUGUGCAAGUUGCUACUGUUGUUCAUCAGAUGUUCAAUGCCGUCGACGAGCCGGUCUGGGUCAAGUCGACGAUGUAUCCCUCGGCUGUGAUGCCGGGAACUCACAUCAUCCCGACAGUGUUUAAUACGAUGGAGGCCAAAGAGCUGGCCAGUAUGGGCGUCGAUGCUACUGCCGAUGCUGGCGGUGUGCCUGGCUCGUCCGUCUUUGGCGAACUUGCAACGCACCGAUCUUCCAGUCACAUCUUUGAGCUGCACUCGCUGAAGCACGCCAAUCGCCGCCUGCGAGAAGAUGUCAGAUCG